AUGGUUACUGUCGCAAUUGCUGGAGGAACCACAGGUAUUGGGUCCAAUGUCCUCUGCGAAAUUAUAGCGACAGGGAAGCAUCAAGUGUUGGUGCUCUCUCGCUCCGAAAGACCUGAGCUUGAGCAACAAGGGAUUUCCGUUCGUGUUGUUGACUAUAGCUCCCGUCACCAGCUUGUGGAGGCUCUUAAAGGGAUCCAUACUGUUAUUAGCUGCAUUUGGUCUUUCGGUCGAGACUUUGGUACCUCCCAACUCGCCUUACUGGAAGCCGCAAAGGAUGCCAAUGUGAAGCGCUUCGUCCCUUCUGAUUGGGCGACUGAUCACUACGACUAUGUCAGCGCCUAUGCAUCCAAGAGUACGAUUUGGCAUGCAGUUCGGAACUCUGGCUUAGAGUAUACUCGUUUUGUGAAUGGAAUUUGGAUGAACCUGUGGGGCAUGGGCGCACCACGGAAUGAGGCCGAGGCUUUGGCAGGGUACAGUGGCCCUCCUUUCUUGAUUGACCUCAAAAAACGGACCGCUAUCAUCCCUGGUGAUGGGUCGCAUAAAGUUGUUUUUACAAAUAUGAUGGAUGUUGGCAGAUUUGUUGCUGCCAGUCUGGACUUGCAAUACUGGGCACCAGAUAGUACGAUUGUUGGAGAUAAGUUGAGCUAUAACGAGGUCGUCGAGCUUGCGGAAGAAGUCACUGGCCAUGCGUUCGAAAGAACUUAUUGCUCCGAGACUGAGAUCACACGUGUGCUUGCUGAGAAUCCGGACCCAAUGCAGUUGUUUUUCUAUCAGUUUAUGAAGCUGAUUGUUGACGGCGCCCUUGAUUUUGAGGGUACAUUAAACGCGAAAUUUCCCGACCUCAAGCCAGUUAAGGCAAGACAAUAUCUUAAUCGGUACUGGGCCAAUGAAUAG